UUUCUUCAGAAAAUUUUGCUUUCAAAUCAAAUAAAAACAAAAUCAUAAAACAGUUUUGUACUAAUUUUCUUCAGUUAAUUUAUUUGUAGUCCUAUACAAAUAUAUUUUUUCAAGUUAAACGAAAUUUAGUUAGACAUCGACGCCAAAAACAAACAGAAAAAAGACAAUAAUAACAACAACAACAACAACAGUAAUUAUACCAAACUCAAGCACUUGAAGUAGUCAACAGUCAACAAUAAAAGGAAACAUACAAAGCGAGGCAUAGAAAAUUUGUCAACCAUUUGACAGGCCGGAUCCGAUCGAGAUUUGAGAGUUGACUAAACAGUCACACUAAUAGGCAUCGUCGGCCAAUAGGCCGCAAGAAUCAUGAAUAAUAUGGCUGACGAUAAUAACAAUAUUAUAAUAAAUAAUACCUACAAUCGUAACAAUAACAUAAAUUAUAGGAAUAGUCCCAACUACAGCAAUAGCCGGAUUAGCCGCAGCGGCAGUGCCACUAGCGAUUCGAAAAAAUUGGCCAAGAACAAAGCAACCGGACUCAGCGGCGGCGGCGGCGACGACAACGCCGAUGUUAGUGCGAGUAAAAGCGAUCGCUGCGUUUUAUGCCUGGACGAGAAACGCUCUCCUGUACGCAUCACAUGCGGCCACUCUUUCUGCAAUGAAUGUCUGGAUGUCUACAAGUCGUAUCAGAAAUACGCCUGGGCCAAUCGUUGUCCCAUAUGCCGCGGUUCGCUGAAGGAGAAACGACGCUCAGUCAAGCGAAAGCAUUCAGAAGCAAAUAUCGCCACAGCCACUACCUCAACUAGCGUGCCUAGCGGCAGCAGUCGUUUUGCGCCAACUCGUUCGCGCUUGAAUGCAACAUCAGCUACUAUAGCAGCAGCCACGGCAGCUGCGGCAACAGCCACUGUCACAGCACUCUCUGAAUCAGCUGCCAGCGCAUCUGCCGAGCAAAUCUACCUCUUGGAGGAAUAUAUGGCAAUGGCUGUUGAAUCGGAUGCUUUCGGUGUCAAUUCAGACAUGACUUUCGGCAAUACAAUGAGCGCAACUACGCCCACCAACUCAACAUCGACCGUCAGCGCCAGCGAAGCGGCAGGCGAAGACGAUGAAGUAGAAUUGCAUGGAAUGGAUUCGGAGACAGAAGCGGCACAGGGUAUGGGCUAUGAGCACGAAGAAUUUGAGGAAGCGGAAGAGCUGGAAGAGGAGGAAGAAGCCUUUGGCGAAGAUAUGGAUUUGGAGGAAGAUGAGGAGGUUACGGAGGACGACGAAGAUGACGACGUUGAUGGAGAGGACGAAGAUGAUGAAUAUAAUGACCUUUACUAUUUCAAUGAGUAUGACGAGGCGCAUGAAGACGAUCGAGAAAAUGACGACUAUAUCACAAUGGACGAAGAUGACGCAACCGACGGUGAGGAUAGGGAUGAAUAUGAACAGCUAGUGAACGACACAUUACAAGAUGAAAUUAAUGAGUAUUGCGAUGAGGACGCUGAAACCGAGGACGAUGUGCUGCUGGUAGACGAAGUAAUUAUUGUCGAUUGAGUGCAGAGUAGUAUUUGAGGAGUAGUGACAGUGCCACUGCAGGAGGAGAAAGAUUAAUCAGCGGCGCAUGAGGAAAGCGAUAAGCGGGAUGCUCAGAAGUGAUGAGGAAUAGGAGGAAGGAUUGAAGAGUAGGACUUUACAGGGACAAACUGACACCUAUGACUUGGAACUGUCGGACGCGGCUGUGAUUUUUGUAUGCUUUGCUCUUUUAUCAUGUUCCCUGCUGAUCUUUUGUAGUUUUUCGAUCAUUUUUUUUUUUCAAAAAACAAACCAAAUAUAGGAAAUAUUUUUAUAAAAGCA